AUUUCUCUCUUCUCCCUUAUGAUGUGUCCGAAAAUUACUUGUACGGCAAUUCAAUUCAAUUCAACUCAAUUAGAUUUCUCAUAUAAAUCCCUAAAUUUCCUCCACCUGCCACGGCUACUCCGACGAUGAACCCUUCGAAACUUCCGCGCCGGAAAGUUACUCAGGCAAACGGCGAUGACUCCGGAGACAAACUCGACCAGCUUCUUCUAUCAUCCGCUAUAUGCAACAACGAAGACUUAGGCUCCUUCGUCCGCAAAGCUUUCGCUUCCGGCAAACCAGAAACUCUCCAACAUCACCUCAAACACUUCGCUCGCUCCAAAGAAUCGGAGAUCGAAGAAGUCUGUAAAGCACACUACCAAGACUUCAUCCUCGCCGUCGAUGAUCUCCGAUCGCUUCUCUCCGACGUUGAAUCUCUCAAGUCAUCACUCUCCGAUUCAAAUUCAAAACUCCAGUCCGUUGCUCGUCCGCUUCUCACCUCUCUCGAUUCCUUCGUCGAAGCACGAAACGUUUCGAAAAACGUUAAUCUCGCAAUCGAUUCAGUUGAAGCGUGUGUUCAGUUAAUGGAAGUUUGUUCACGCGCUAACAGUUAUCUCUCCGAGGACAAAUUCUACAUGGCGUUGAAGUGUGUUGAUGCAAUCGAGAGAAAUUACUUGGAUAAAACGCAGUCGUCGAAGUUGAAGAAGAUUCUUGAGAAGAAGAUUCCAGAGAUUCGUUCUUACAUAGAGAGAAAAGUGAACAAAGAGUUCGGUGAUUGGUUAGUUAAGAUCCGUGUUGUGAGUCGUAAUUUAGGUCAAUUGGCAAUUGGUCAAGCUUCAUCAGCGAGACAGAGAGAAGAAGAUCUUAGAAUCAAACAGCGUCAAGCGGAGGAACAGAGUAGACUCAGUGUUAGGGAUUGUAUUUAUGCUUUGGAGGAAGAAGAUGAAGAUGGAAUCGUUGCUGGGAUCGGAGAUGACGGUAACAGUAAUGGUGGUGGUGGUGGAGGUUUGGGAUUUGAUUUGACUCCGUUGUAUAGAGCUUACCAUAUUCACCAAACGUUAGGAUUAGAGGAUGGAUUUAAGCAAUAUUAUUUUGAGAAUAGGAAACUUCAGUUGACUUCGGAUUUCCAGGUAUCGUCUAUGACGCCUUUUCUUGAAUCUCAUCAAACGUUCUUUGCACAGAUUGCAGGUUUUUUUGUGGUGGAGGAUCGUGUGUUGAGAACCGGUGGUGGUUUGAUAUCGAAAAUGGAAGUUGAGAAUUUAUGGGAAAUUGCUGUUAGCAAAAUGUGUUCUGUGUUGGAGGAUCAAUUUUCUAGAAUGCAAACUGCUAAUCAUCUUUUGUUGAUUAAGGAUUAUGUGAGUUUAUUAGGAGUAACAUUGCGUAGAUUUGGUUACCCGAUAGAUGCCUUGCUUGAUGUUUUAAGCAAACAUAGGGAUAAGUAUCAUGAAUUGCUCUUGUCAGAUUGUAGGAAGCAGAUAGCUGAGGCUAUAGGUGGUGAUAAAUUUGAGCAGAUGUAUAUGAAGAAAGAGUAUGAGUAUUCUAUGAAUGUGCUUUCUUUUCAGAUUCAGACAACGGAUAUUAUACCUGCUUUUCCUUACGUGGCACCGUUUUCGUCCACGGUGCCUGAUUGUUGUCGUAUUGUGCGGUCAUUUAUUGAGGAUUCUGUUAGUUUCAUGUCAUAUGGUGGGCAGCUUGAGUUCUAUGAUGUUGUUAAGAAAUAUUUAGAUAAGCUUUUGAGUGAGGUUUUAGAUGAAUCUUUGUUAAAGCUUAUUAAUACCUCGGUUAGUGGUGUCUCCCAGGCAAUGCAAAUGGCAGCAAAUAUGGCUGUUAUGGAGCGUGCGUGUGAUUUUUUCUUUCGCCACGCGGCACAGCUUUCAGGGGUUCCUUUGAGAAUGGUGGAGAGAAGCCGGAGGCAGUUUCCUCUGAGGAAAGCCCGUGAUGCUGCGGAAGAGACGCUGUCAGGGCUGCUCAAAGCCAAAGUUGAUGGAUUUAUGACAUUGAUUGAGAAUGUAAAUUGGAUGACCGAUGAUCCGCCUCAAGAUGGAAAUGAAUAUGUAAAUGAGGUCAUAAUGUAUUUGGAAACUGUGGUUUCGACUACUGCAUCACAGAUAUUGCCAACUCAAGUUCUUAAAAGAGUUUUACUGGAUGUUAUUUCUCAUAUAUCGGAGAUGAUUGUUGGGACUUUAGUUAGUGAUUCUGUUAAGAGGUUUAGUGUCAAUGCCAUAACUGGAAUUGAUACAGACAUCAAGCUCUUAGAAUCUUUUGCUGAAUCUCAGGGAACCCAUUUAUCUGAUGGGGAUGCUAAUCAGUUGAAAUUGGCACUUGCUGAGUCAAGGCAAAUGGUUAAUUUGCUAGUAAGCAAUCAUCCCGAGAAUUUCCUGAAUCCAGUGAUCAGGGAGAGGAGUUACAAUGCUUUGGAUCACAAGAAAGUGGUGAUUGUUUCAGAAAAGUUGAAGGAUCCUUCAGAUCGACUCUUUGGAACCUUUGGUAGUCGAGGGUCCAGGCAGAAUCCAAAAAAGAAAUCACUGGAUACAUUGAUAAAAAGACUAAGGGAUGUUAGCUGAUUAUGUUUAUAUCUGUCUGUAAGGUACUCCCUCUUUGUCAAUUUUCUUGUUUUGUGUUUAGUUUCAUUUUGUAUCCGAAUUAUUUCAUUGCUAGUUCUUGAUGAAAUUAUUUUGUUAAGGCUGCCUAUCAGUGUCUUCCAAUUGCAUUUCUAGAUUUUACAACAUUUGUUUGAAAUGUAUAAUUCGUAUGUUCAUUUUUAUUGGAUUGGAUUUAUUUAUUU